UUUUUUUUUUUUUUAAUCCCCGCACCGAGCGCUUAACCUCAUUGGGGUGGAGAAGGCGGCGGUCCGUCCGCAGCGGCAGCAGUAGCGAAUAAUACGGCGAAUGGACUGCUGAAUUAUGAAGUAUUUCAGAGCCAAUAGUAGAACAUCACUCUGCCACUCACUCCUUUAUCUCCUACUAGUUAUUUAAAUUGGACUUUUAAUAUCCUACCAGCUGCUCUUCAGACACACAUGGUGCAUUGUUGCCAUUCCCCGGAUUGUAUCUUUGAAACACAGACUCUUAGUAACCUUCAGCGAACAAAGAGGCAACCUCCUGGGUAAUUUUACUGGGAGGGUGUCACCUUGACUGCCCUCUAGCUUUUGCUGGAACUGGAUUUGAAUUCCACCAUGGAGCCUCGCAUGGAGUCCUGCCUGGCACAGGUGUUGCAGAAGGAUGUGGGGAAACGACUGCAGGUUGGCCAAGAACUUAUAGACUAUUUUUCAGACAAACAGAAGUCUGCUGACCUUGAACAUGACCAGACCAUGUUAGAUAAACUUGUGGAUGGACUUGCUACCUCUUGGGUGAAUUCUAGCAAUUACAAGGUGGUUCUUCUGGGCAUGGACAUCCUGUCGGCGCUGGUCACCCGGCUGCAGGAUCGGUUCAAGGCGCAGAUCGGCACAGUGCUGCCAAGUUUAAUAGACAGACUGGGAGAUGCUAAAGACUCAGUGAGGGAGCAAGACCAAACUCUGCUGCUGAAGAUCAUGGAUCAAGCUGCUAAUCCUCAGUAUGUCUGGGACCGAAUGCUGGGAGGCUUCAAGCACAAGAAUUUCCGGACUCGGGAAGGCACCUGUCUCUGCCUGGUCGCCACACUCAACGCCUCCGGAGCACACACUUUAACACUAAACAAGAUUGUGCCACAUAUAUGUAACUUACUUGGAGAUCCAAACAGCCAGGUUCGAGAUGCAGCAAUAAACAGCUUAGUGGAAAUUUACAGACAUGUAGGAGAACGUGUGAGGGCAGAUCUCAGUAAAAAAGGAUUGCCACAGUCUCGGUUGAAUGUAAUAUUUACAAAAUUUGAUGAAGUACAAAAAUCUGGGAACAUGAUACAAUCUGCAAAUGAUAAGAAUUUUGAUGAUGAAGAAUCUGUGGAUGGUAAUAGACCUUCAUCUGCCAGUUCCACUUCAUCUAAAGCUCCACCAAGCUCCCGGAGGAACGUUGGAAUGGGGACCACCCGCCGGCUUGGGUCAUCCACUCUUGGAUCCAAGUCUUCAGCUGCAAAAGAAGGAGCCGGGGCUGUUGACGAAGAGGACUUUAUUAAAGCAUUUGAUGAUGUACCUGUAGUACAGAUUUAUUCCAGCCGAGACCUUGAGGAAUCCAUAAACAAGAUUAGGGAAAUAUUAUCUGAUGACAAGCAUGAUUGGGAGCAAAGAGUAAAUGCUCUAAAAAAGAUUAGAUCUUUGCUUUUGGCUGGUGCUGCUGAGUAUGAUAGCUUCUUUCAACAUUUGCGUCUUUUGGAUGGAGCCUUUAAACUAUCUGCUAAGGAUCUGCGGUCUCAGGUAGUGCGGGAGGCUUGUAUCACAUUGGGGCAUCUGUCAUCAGUUCUGGGGAAUAAGUUUGACCAUGGAGCUGAAGCCAUUAUGCCAACUAUCUUUAAUUUAAUUCCAAACAGUGCCAAAAUUAUGGCCACUUCUGGUGUUGUAGCUGUUAGGUUAAUCAUUCGGCAUACACACAUCCCUAGGCUAAUACCUGUCAUCACAAGCAACUGUACCUCUAAGUCUGUUGCAGUUAGAAGGCGCUGUUUUGAAUUUUUAGAUUUACUUUUACAAGAAUGGCAGACACAUUCACUGGAAAGACACAUAUCAGUAUUAGCUGAAACAAUAAAGAAAGGAAUACAUGAUGCCGAUUCUGAAGCCAGGAUAGAGGCCAGAAAGUGUUACUGGGGUUUCCAUAGUCACUUCAGCAGAGAAGCAGAGCACUUGUACCACACCUUGGAAUCCUCCUACCAGAAAGCUCUGCAGUCACAUUUGAAGAACUCAGACAGCAUCGUGUCUUUGCCGCAAUCCGAUCGCUCAUCUUCUAGCUCUCAAGAGAGUCUGAACCGGCCGCUCUCUGCCAAAAGAAGUCCUACUGGAAGCACCACCUCUAGAGCUUCAACAGUUAGUACCAAAUCUGUGUCAACGACUGGGUCCCUCCAGCGGUCUCGAAGUGACAUUGACGUGAAUGCAGCAGCCAGUGCCAAAUCCAAAGUCUCCUCAGCUUCGGGCUCUACACCUUUCAGCUCUGCAGCGGCCUUGCCUCCAGGAUCAUACGCAUCCUUAGGUCGAAUCCGCACGAGACGGCAGAGCUCUGGGAGCGCCACCAACGUCGCCUCCACACCUUCAGAUAAUCGAGGCCGCAGUCGCGCUAAAGUGGUUUCACAGUCCCAGCGAUCCAGAUCUGCUAAUCCUGCUGGUGCUGGUAGCCGGUCAAGUUCUCCAGGGAAAUUGUUGGGAAGUGGUUACAGUGGCCUUGCUGGGGGUUCCUCAAGAGGCCCACCUGUGACACCCUCUUCAGAAAAACGAAGCAAGAUUCCCAGGAGUCAGGGAUGUAGCCGAGAAACAAGUCCAAACCGAAUAGGACUAGCACGGAGCAGCCGUAUCCCUCGACCCAGCAUGAGUCAGGGGUGCAGCCGCGAUACCAGCCGUGAGAGCAGCCGAGAUACAAGCCCUGCUCGGGGCUUUCCUCCACUUGAUCGAUUUGGACUUGGCCAGGCAGGAAGAAUACCUGGUUCUGUGAAUGCCAUGCGAGUUUUGAGCACAAGUACUGAUCUUGAAGCUGCUGUAGCUGAUGCUUUGCUGUUAGGAGACUCCAGGAGCAAGAAGAAGCCUGUGAGGAGGAGAUAUGAGCCAUAUGGGAUGUAUUCUGAUGAUGAUGCCAACAGUGAUGCCUCGAGUGUUUGCUCGGAGCGCUCAUAUGGCUCCAGGAAUGGUGGCAUUCCCCAUUAUCUGCGGCAGACCGAGGACGUAGCAGAAGUUCUCAACCACUGUGCUAGUUCAAACUGGUCAGAGAGGAAAGAAGGGCUUCUAGGCCUGCAGAACUUACUGAAGAGCCAAAGAACACUGAGUCGAGUAGAAUUGAAAAGAUUGUGUGAGAUCUUCACCCGAAUGUUUGCUGACCCUCAUAGCAAGGUUUUCAGUAUGUUUUUGGAGACUCUUGUGGACUUUAUAAUAAUUCACAAGGAUGACUUGCAAGACUGGCUUUUUGUUCUUCUCACACAAUUACUUAAGAAAAUGGGAGCAGAUUUACUUGGAUCUGUGCAAGCAAAAGUUCAGAAGGCUCUAGAUGUCACACGGGACUCCUUUCCCUUUGAUCAACAAUUUAACAUUUUGAUGAGAUUUAUUGUGGAUCAGACUCAAACUCCUAACCUCAAGGUCAAAGUUGCAAUCCUGAAGUACAUUGAGUCUCUCGCUAGGCAGAUGGAUCCAACAGAUUUUGUAAACUCCAGUGAGACAAGACUUGCUGUUUCUAGAAUUAUAACCUGGACAACAGAACCAAAGAGUUCAGACGUGAGAAAGGCAGCACAAAUUGUGCUAAUCUCUCUGUUUGAAUUGAACACUCCUGAAUUUACCAUGUUACUUGGUGCCUUGCCAAAAACAUUCCAGGAUGGUGCCACCAAACUUCUACAUAACCACCUCAAGAAUUCUAGUAACACCAGUGUGGGUUCUCCGAGCAAUACAAUUGGCCGUACUCCAUCCCGACACACCAGCAGCAGGACCAGCCCCCUGACCUCACCCACCAAUUGUUCCCAUGGGGGCCUGUCUCCAAGCAUGCUGGACUAUGAUACAGAGAAUCUGAACUCUGAAGAAAUCUAUAGUUCUUUACGAGGAGUUACAGAAGCCAUUGAAAAGUUUAGUUUUCGAAGCCAAGAGGACCUGAAUGAACCAAUUAAACGAGACGGCAAAAAGGACUGUGAUAUUGUAUCCCGUGAUGGUGGAGUUGCCUCCCCUGCCACUGAGGGCCGGGGAGGCAGUGAUGUGGUGGAAGGAGGCAGAACGGCUCUGGACAACAAGACCUCCCUCCUUAACACCCAGCCUCCACGCGCCUUCCCAGGGCCACGGGCGCGAGAGUACAAUCCCUAUCCCUACUCAGACACCAUCAACACCUACGACAAGACUGCCCUGAAGGAGGCUGUGUUUGACGAUGACAUGGAUCAGCUUCGAGAUGUGCCCAUUGACCAUUCUGACUUGGUGGCUGACCUUCUGAAAGAACUGUCCAACCACAACGAGCGGGUGGAGGAGCGGAAAGGUGCCCUCCUGGAGCUGCUCAAGAUCACCCGGGAAGACAGCCUGGGCGUGUGGGAAGAGCACUUCAAGACCAUCCUGCUCCUGCUGUUGGAGACGCUUGGAGACAAAGAUCAUUCCAUCCGAGCACUAGCACUGAGAGUGUUACGGGAAAUUCUGAGAAACCAGCCAGCAAGAUUUAAAAACUACGCCGAGCUGACGAUCAUGAAGACUCUGGAAGCCCACAAAGACUCCCAUAAGGAGGUGGUGCGAGCAGCAGAGGAGGCUGCGUCCACACUGGCCAGCUCCAUCCACCCAGAGCAGUGCAUCAAAGUGCUCUGUCCCAUCAUCCAGACCGCUGACUACCCCAUCAACCUCGCUGCCAUCAAGAUGCAGACCAAAGUUGUGGAGAGGAUUGCCAAGGAGUCAUUGCUGCAGCUCCUGGCUGACAUCAUCCCGGGCUUGCUGCAGGGUUAUGACAACACUGAAAGUAGUGUGCGUAAGGCCAGCGUGUUUUGCUUAGUGGCAAUUUAUUCCGUAAUCGGAGAAGAGCUGAAACCUCACCUUGCACAGCUCACAGGGAGCAAGAUGAAGCUACUAAACUUAUACAUAAAGAGGGCCCAAACCACGAACAGCAACAGCAGCUCCUCCUCCGACGUCUCCACACACAGCUAAUGGCAAUGCCAGAGUCUCUUUGUGUAGCCCUAGUAGAAGCAAUCGGUCGGUGCCUCUCAGAGACCUUCCCCACCCUCCCCCUUCAUCGGCUGCCCAGUCAGUACAAGGAGGCCCAAAAAUAUUUAUUGCAAUCAGUAUUUUGGUCCCUUCCAGCUUUUGUGUAGGAUCUUACUGGUGUUGAAUGUAAAGGAAGCAAGGCCUGUGUUGGAGACUUCACACAAAGCAAAAGAAAAGAGCCAUAUUUAAACAUGUCUGGUAUAGCCUGCUGAACCUGUAAAAACAUGUGUAUGGGGUGCAGUUUUUCAAAUUCAGAGCUCUCUAGCCGAUUUUCUUCAGCUAACAGUAGAUUUGAAGAGGGCAGGAGGAGGACACAUCCAUUUGUCUUUCUCUUUCAUCUUAGCUGACUUUCCUCUGAAUGUGGCCUGUGUAGAGCAGAGCCUACCGCUUUCACCACUGGCACUAUGAAAGGGGUGUACGUCUUUAGGUUGUAUUAAAAAAAAGGUGAAUCAGGUUCUUGGCAAGAAAGGGAGAAAUGCCUGAAGAUGGCCUUUUAACAAACAUGAGAAACUCUGCUUGUUGUGUCUGGACUGGAGGUGGUGCCCUCACUUUUAGUUUAGAAGGGCGCCCUGUGCAGCCUCCUCCCAGGACAGGUCCCCGGUACCCCCUGAGCAAUUCCUCUGCUGCUCUACCUACUCCAGUUUCCACUUGAUGUAAUUCAAUUUAAAUCAAAGUUUAAGUCCAAACAAAAAAUCAAGGUAAAUUUAUAGCACCAGUUAGCAGAUACUGAAAAUGGCAUUUCCUGAAAGCAUAGAAGAUGUGAAAGAAGCGGCCCGUCGUGCUAAGAUCUUGGGGAAAUACUUGGAACAGGGCUUCUCCCAUGGCCCUGGUGCUUGGUGACUGGUACAGCACCAUCCUUUUUCCUCUCCCCCAACCUUUUCCUAAGCUGCUCAGUCCUAAAAUGUCUUCAGUUAAUCUGGUAAAUGGCAACUCUACCAUGUCAAUUUUGACUUCUCUAUUUAAUCUGGUAUUAAGAUCAAAGAAGAGUCUAGAGAGACCAGAUAGCAGAAUUUUUUUGUUUAAUUUAAUGGACUGAAGUACUUCCUUGAUCAGCUGUUGAAAUAGUCAUUGUUUAAGGGAAAAGUAAUUAUGGUAUCAAAUUACAGAAAAAAUAGAAUUUGAAAUAACAACUUUAAAGUCUGUUUCCUUCUCUUCAGUGAGAAACUAUCAGAGAAUCUACCCCCUUUUUAAAAAAAAAAAAAUUAUGGAUUUGAUCACUCCAAUAAAAGAGACUAUAAUUUGGAGUUCUGACUACAUAAGUUUUGAGUAAAAUUCUUAAAGCCAAAUGGAAAUUCUUAAUGCAAUUGUGAAGAUUUUUAUCAUCUCUUACUAUUUUAUAUUCUCUAAAUUGAACUAAUUUUUCCCUGAGGAAAAUACGUCUUCUGAUGUUGAUGUUAAUUUUUAAUGAUAUCAUUAAAAUUUUGCUGUUCCUGCAGAGGGGGGGCCCUCACCCACACUCCCCCCCGCCCCCCACUGAGAAGCCUUGUUCUCUGGUUUUCCUCACCCAACUCCACCCCUUUCUCCUGCCCUUUAGCUUUGAUGUUGAAAGCUGUGAAAGAUACUCUAGCAAACAUAAUUCAUUUUCAUUCAGAAUUUAGUUUAGAUACUUUAUUUGGAAAUAGGCACUGAAAAUAAAAGGCCAGGACCAGUGAUGCAAGGGCACCUUCUCUAUGGAGGGCGUGUGUGUGUGUGUGUGUGUGUGUGUGUGUGUGUGUGUGUGUGUGUGUGUGUGUGUGUGGCAUUAUCUUGCAAAGGUAGACAUCAGUACCCCACUGCUGCUGUUGAGGGAACUUCGGGGGUGCAUUUUUAAGUGGUUGACUAUUAUUGACUUACUUUUGGCUCAGAAUAUUGCAAGACCAGGCCUUACUUUCAUUGAUAAAUACCAUUUGUCUGUUACUUCACUAAUGGAAUUUCUUUUUUACACCAUACAAAUGAGUGUCUUUUGAUUACUCUGUUGUAGAAAUGUGUAUUCUGACUAGGUUAUUUAUGAGUUCUUUUAUGCCUAAUUCUUUUAGAAAGACCUUUCUCCUUCAGCUCUGACUCCCAGGUCACCAUGGUCCCUCCCUGCCCCAUAGUUGGAAGAAUCUUGAACAUUGCCUGAUGUCCUCAUAGUACUCACAAAGGGCUAGCCUUGAAUGUCACUUGCCCAGCCUUCCAUCUCCCGACUAGAGAGAUACAAUCACUCACAGGUCUCUUGGCCUCAAUCAGAACUGCUGCCUGCUGCCGAGGAGACUCGCAUGCCGUCACCACCUCACAGAGGGAGGCCGCGUCCACGCCACCCUCCAAACCCUGACAGCUGCAGCUGCCUUGCCUUGCCGCCGCCUCCCUGCAGGGCUGCUGUUCCGACGACACAACAGAACACAAAAGAGCAAACACCCAAGACCGUGUUGGCCUCCCCUGUUUACCUGACUGUCCGGAGCCCAGAACAGCCCACUUCUCCGCUGGGGCCAGUUCGUCAGGAUCCCGCUUUCCCUCAAGCUGCUGCCAUCUCUCCUCCGACCCCCCACGACCCUGCAGGCUGGGGGCGAGGUGAGGCCUGCAGCCCUCCUCAAGUACACUGUGUGUGCUUCGCUGGACCGGUGCCCGCAGACAGCCGAGGGGCUGCCUUUCUGUGGCUCAUCACUAGCUUCCCCAUACCCUGUGCAGGUAAUGCAACGGACUUUUGUCUCAUAAAUCUUUUUUCUUUCCCUGCCACACCCUUUAUUUAUCAAGCAUAAUACUACACAUUAAAGAACAGCAAAUAAGAACUAUAGGAUCCCAUCAGGACUUUGCUAACAGUGAUGUUUGGAAACGAAAAAAGAAAUGCCCUGGAAGAUAUCAGCCACCAAGAUUAGUUUUGUCAGCACUGUGUUCACACGCAUGGUCCCCACAUCCCCAGGUUGGGUUUUUGUUUUUUGUUUUUUUGGGGCUUUUUCAUGUUACAUCCAUAUCUGUAUUUAUAUCUUAUUUGUUUCACUCUCAAGUGUAUCAUGGCAAAUGUACAGAUUUUUUUUGUUAAUAAUGUGCUAGGAUUUGCUAAAAAAGAAAACAACAAAAAAAAUCCCUUUGAGUUUGCCCUAGAAUAAAUGAAACUUAAUUCAAUUUC